AUGCUGCGUCGUGCUGGUGUCAUACGGCUUUGGAGACCGUCGAGGCCGCUUGCAACUCCCGCUGCGGGUUCCUCUCUAAGCAAAGGAACUCCCUCGUCUGCGUCCUCUUCAGCGUCAAUAUCGCCGUCUUCUCUUGCAAUUUUGAAAUAUCCGUACGAGGUGGUGGAUACACCAGGAAAGUUAGACGAGGCCGUUGGGUCGUUGCUGAAAGCCCGUUCCAUUGCCCUUGACAUUGAGGCUUUCUGUACAACCGAACAGGCGAAACAGUUGGGGCGUAUUUCCCUUCUACAAGCAUGCUCAGAUGCGAAACCGGUGGUGUUUCUCUUUGACGUACUGACCCUUACGGCACCAACGUUUGUUAAGAGUGUGGAGCCCUUCUUGCGGAAUCGGGGAAUAAGAAAACUGCUCUUUGACUGCAGACGGGAUGUAGAGGCUCUUAGCUCUCAGCUGGGCCUGAAACCGGAGGGCGUAUUGGAUCUGCAGGUAUUUUUUACUGCCAUUCAGUGGAAACUUCGUAGUGUGAAUCGCCGUUCGGGCAUGACGUACGUGCUGAAGAGCGUUGCGGGUCUUACACGACAGGAUGGUGAUUCUGCUGUGCAGGCCGCCAUGACACUUGGUAACCGCCCCGUGUGGGACAUUCGCCCAUUGCCAGAUCAUUUUCUGGAGUAUGCUGCCGAUGAUGUGCGGCAUAUUCUUCUUUUGGCCAACCAUCUUGUGGAGAAGAGAGAAUUUCCAGUGGAUUUAGUUUCCGUGGAGCGUCUCACAGCCCAAUAUGUGGAGCACUAUGCCGUUGGAAAGCCCGUUACCGAGGAGGCUGAUGCGACACCAGCCGAAGUAAACGUUGCUUGGUUAGAACGGUACAUUGGGCCGGGCGGGGUUUGCCACUUCUGUGGCGCCAAGGGCCACACGGAGGCCGAGUGCUUCAAGAAGCAGAACGGGAAAGCCAAGUGCUCAUUUUGCGGCGAGAGUGGGCAUACAGCAAGAAACUGCUUUAAAAAGCAUCCACAGCUACUGAAAUGUGAAAAAUGUGGACAACUUGGGCAUACCAGUGCAAACUGCUUCCGAACAAACCCUUGUAUUCACUGCGGUGGUCCGCACAAUAGUGCCAAUUGCCACAAGAUGUUGCGGCAGCGAAACUUUUUUGACGAAAGAUCCUCUUCUUGA